AUGGUUGAAUUUAUUCCAUUUCAUAAGAAUGUUCAAAUGAUGAAAGUAGUUGGUGAAUUAGAAAUGACACCUGAUGGUGUAGGAUGUAAAAUAAAUGAAUUUCUUAUGGUUAUGUAUUAUCCUUGUAAAUCAGCAGAAGAAAUGCAAAACAUUGAAAAAAAUGGAUUUUCAAUGAGUGAAGGGAAAUUAGGAAAAGGUAUUUAUAUGUACAGAACAUAUAAAGAAGCAAUUAAAAAGAAUUCUGAUUAUUUAAUUUUUACAAGAGUUACAAAAGGAAAUUAUAAAGAUAUUUCAGUAAAUGAAUUAAAUUCAAUUGAUACAAAUGGAUUAGAUCGUGCUUGUUUGAUUAAUGGAGAAGAAAUUAUAGAUUGUAUUUAUAAUACAGCAAAUAUUGAUAUUAUUGCAUUUAUAGAAUUAGUACAUGAACAAGAAGUAAAAGAAUUAAACUAG